CUGUCCCCGGCGACCCUCGUGUCAGGCUCGGGCGUCCGCCCCCUGCCUGUCCCGGCGAGGCUGUCGCGACGUCGGAGUAAUUCCGGACUCUCCCACCGCUGCCUCUUUCCUUCCUUACCCAGGCCUCGGGAAGUUUGCCGCGGAAACGAAAGUAAAUAACUCUGCGUGCGUCUGCGCGGAGGCAGUGGCUGCCACAUCCAGGGCACAACUCUGAGGGGGAAAAAGUGGUGCAUUUCCGGACAUUCUGAGGGUUCACAAGGAAACCAGCCAUGUCCUUGGAUGACAUUAAGAUGAAAUCUAGUGACUUUUUGGAGAAGGAGCAUCUGGACAGUGGGGGCUUCGGAAAGGUGUCUUUGUGUUUACACAGAUCCCAUGGACUUGUAAUACUGAAAAAGGUGUACACAGGGCCCACGCGCACUGAGUACAACGACUCCCUCCUUGAGGAGGGCAAGAUGAUGCACAGGCUGAGACAUAAUCGGGUGGUGAAGCUCCUGGGCGUCAUCAUGGAAGAAGGGAGCUACUCCCUGGUGAUGGAGUACAUGGAAAAGGGCAACCUGAUGCAUGUUCUGAAGGCGGAGGUCAGAAUCCCCCUUUCUGUAAAAGGAAGGAUAAUUAUGGAGACCAUUGAGGGGAUGUGCUAUUUACAUGGACAAGGCGUAAUACACAAGGACCUAAAGCCUGAAAAUAUCCUCGUUGAUGAUGACUUUCACAUUAAGAUAGCUGAUCUUGGCGUUGCUUCCUUUAAGAUGUGGAGUAAACUGACUAAAGAGGAACAUAAUGAGCAGAGGAAAUUGAAUAGUGUCUCUAAGAAAAAUGGCGGAACCCUUUGCUACAUGGCCCCUGAGCAUCUGAAUGACAUCAACGCAAAGCCCUCGGAGAAGUCAGAUGUGUACAGCUUUGGCAUAGUACUUUGGGCAAUAUUUGCUAAUAAGGAGCCCUAUGAAAAUGCUAUCUGUGAACAGCAGUUGAUAAUGUGCAUUAAAUCUGGGAAUAGGCCAAAUGUAGAAGACAUCCUUGAGUACUGCCCAGUGGAGAUUAUCAGCAUCAUGAAGCAAUGCUGGGAGGCGAAACCAGAAGUUCGGCCAACAUUUACUGGCAUUGAAGAAAAAUUUAGGCCCUUUUAUGUAGUUCAAUUAGAAGAAAAUGUAGAAGACGAUGUGACAAGUUUAAAGAAAGAGUAUCCAGACCCAGCCCAAAAUUCAUUUGUGAAGAGAAUGCAUUCUCUCCAGAUUGACUGUACAGCAAUACCUCCAAGCAGGUCAAAUUCAGCCCCAGAACAGCCCAGCUCGCUGCACAGUUCCCAGGGACUUGGGAUAGGUCCCGUGGAGGAGUCCUGGUUUUCUCCCUCCCUAGAGAACCAGCAGGAGGAGAAUCAGCUCAGCUUGCAGAGUAAACUCCAGGAGGAAGCCAACUACCAUCUUUUUGGCAGCCGCAUGGACAGGCAGACAAAACCGCUCAGACAGAAUGUGGCUUAUAAUAGAGAGGAGGAAAGGAGACGAAGGGUCUCCCAUGACCCUUUUGCGCAGCAGAGACCUUAUGAGAAUGUUCAGAACCCAGGAGUAAAAGGCCUUCCUUAUUCUAGUGCAACCAGUCCUGGUAAUGCACUACACCAACCCACAGGGCUAACCAGCCAACCGCAAGUACUAUACUGGAACAAUGGACUGUACAAUCCAUUCCCUUUUGGAACAAGACCACAGGAUCUGGGAACAGCAGGUUCAAGAGUUUGGUAUGGGCCAAAUCCAAGCCAUAUGCCAAGCGUGCAUAAAACUCCAGUGCCUGAGACCAACCUACUGGGAAAUACACCCACCCUUCCAUUCAUCUCCGUCCCAUCAAGAGAUGAGUCUGCGAAAUGUACCAUAUACAACAGUGCUGGCAUUCAGGUUGGAGACCAUAAUUAUAUGGAGAUUAGUGGAAUGAGUUCAGUGCUACCAGACAUGAACUUGAAAGAAGAGCCAGCUUCUAAGUACCAAGAUAUCUUUGAAAAUAUCACUAGUCUGACUGAUAAACAUCUGAACCCAGUCAGGGAAAAUCUGGGAAAGCAAUGGAAAAACUGUGCCCGUAAGCUGGGCUUCACUGAACCUCAGAUUGAGGAAAUUGACCAUGACUAUGAGCGAGAUGGACUAAAAGAAAAGGUUUACCAGAUGCUCCAAAAGUGGCUGAUGAGGGAAGGCAAUAAGGGGGCCACGGUGGGAAAGCUGGCCUAUGCGCUCUACCAGUGUUCAAGAAUAGACCUCCUGAACUAUUUGGUACAUAUCAGCCAGAGCUAACUCCAGAAGGGGCUUUGGCAGCAUGAGGUAAUCUCCUCACCUAGUAAGUAACCCGCUAGAAGUGUGCUGCCUCAGAUCCUUCAGAAUUCUCUCCUCACUGAUACAGGUUCUCUGCAUAAAAAUCUCCCGCAUUCCAUAGCUGGAGAAUGGGAAAGAAAUCUACAGUGAACAGCCUACUAACCAGGAAGACCUAUUAAUGGCUGAGACCCACUCCAAAAAGAAGCCUAAUUGGGUUUUGAAAGGGAGAGAGAGAUACUUGAGGAAGAUAAUUUUCUUUCAGUUCAUUCCGUAACCUUCCGCAAUGACAUUCAUUUAAUUUCCUGGAGUUUUGUUUCAGCAAGAGAAAAAAAAAUUCAACUUUCUUAUUUUAUGCUCUCUUCUCCACAUAGGCUCCUGUUAUCACCAAAGUACAGUGAAAUUGUGAGUUCUCUUCAACUAGUUUUUUUUUGGUAUUCUAACCACAGUUCAUUCCAAAACUCUAAGGUCUGUUAACUUCAGUAUCAAAUGUUGUGUCAGUCACCACAGGCUUCAAGAAUUACAUGCAGUCUCCACUCCAUAAAUUAACUGAAGGGAUUUUAAGGAGUACUAAAACAGAAAAAAAAAAAAAAAAUAGAGAACAAAAAUAUCAGAAUUUUCCAGGUGGUUGUUGCAAGGAAUUACUGCUAAUUGUGGUGACUACAUCAAUUCUUGAUGAAGUUUUUAAGUUCUUUCCUAGCAUUCUGAUACUUUAUGUACUUUCCCAACCUCUGUGCCCUGCAGAGGUUGCAGGGAAUAUUGAUCUCUUCACACCCGGCUGUGACUGGAGCUUCAGGGCUGAUCACUGUUGAGCAGCUUCCUCAGCUUACCCCAGGAUACUGUAGAAAUAUUUUCAUUUUUUUCUGUGAGCUGCUGUGAUGUAAAAAAAGGAUGCUUCAAAGUCUGAUAAUUGUGCCUCUAACACUGGACCUUUCAAAGCCCACCCGAAACUCAGGAAUGAGUGAAAGGAACCAGAAGACUAGAAGACUGAAGGCAAGCAGCCCAUCCAGUAUCACUGCCUGCAUGUGGCUAAACAGAGAGGGUGUGUCAUUGUGCUCAGCCCUUCCAGGAAGGAGGGAGAGAAGGAUGCAGUAUGGUGACUCUGGAUGUCAGAACAGAUUCUAGGGUCUGGUGGGCUGAUAACAGUAUUGUGGUUGGUGAUUCUAAAAUCCCGCUAGCCCCAGCUGAGACACACACACACACACACACACACACACACCGACACACACACACACACACACACACACACACACCCAACACCUGAAGUGGGACUGUAAAACAGAAUGUCUCAACUUCUGCACUAUUGGCAUCUUGGGCCAGAUAAUUCUUUGUUAUGGGGGCUGUCCCGAGCAUUGUAGGAUCUGGAUAUCUGAAAGUAUCCUCUACCCACUAGAUGUGAAUAGUGCCAUUCUCCCCUCCUCCUGUCCCCAGUUGGGACAAGCCAAAAUGUCUCGAGACAUUGCCAAAUGUUCCCUGGAAGGACACAGGUGCCCCCGUUGAGAAGAGCCCUGCUACAAAGUAAUGAACCUCAGUCUCUUACCCACACAUAUCUAGGCUCACUACUUAGUUGCCACAUAGCAUUAGAUCACACAGACUGAAAGAAAAAUUGGAUGGAGAAAGAGUCCCAAGCUUUGGUAGAGAGGAGUGGGUGGAUGAUUGCUUUUCUAAAUGUAUCCCUUGUACCUCUAUCCUAAGUGUUUAAAUUCUCUAAAUUCCAAAGCAAUUGGAUGAUCAAUGUUAAGAGGCAAAAAAGGUAUUUUUAAUGGACUUUUAAAAAUAAAAUUUUGUACCUCAAAUAUAAGCAACUGAAAUGAUGUGUUUGUAUAA